GAGAAGGUUUAUAUCCGACUCGCCUUGAGUUCGAACUAUUCUUCCUUUCUCUUUGUUCACUCAUCAUUCGCCCUCACAACAUCACAACGUCAAUUGCCCAGUAUGAAGCUCCUCCGCUCCCUCUCUUUCUUUGUGCUGCUGGUCAGCACUGCUCUCACCGUCGCAGGUCAACCCCAGGCAGAGGCAAGCAUGGCAGGUCUUCGGCGUCAGAGGGCAGAUACCGCACUUCCACGAACGCUUUCUCCUUUCAAUCAGCCGCAGGCUCAGCUCGUUGAGCCCUCCCUCGCUUCCUCUCUGCAAGGGAGGUCCCUGUCGCUUCCAGCUGAGGGCGCUAUCUUGCCAAGGAGCAACCGCUUCCUGCAAGGUCUCAAGUCGAAGCUCAAAAAGUGCGUGACCUGCGGCAGCAGCAGUCGCGGAGGCGGCAGACGCCGAGGGGCCGCAGAGCAACGACCAGCAAAACAUGCUGUGCAUCCGCGCUUCUCCCCAGUUCAUGUGCCAAACCAGGCCGGUGAUCAGGGUCAGGCGCCGCCCCUACCAGUGGUACCCCUUCACCGCCAGAACAGGAACGACAUGGAUGCUUUCUUGAAUGCGGUUGGAGUCACAAGAACAAAUAGCGUGUUGGAUGCAAUAUGAGUAGCCUUGUCGUGCAACGUAAGCUUUCCCCAACCGAUGUCCAAUUUGAGCUUGAUGGUCUGACUACCACCCCUCAGCGCAAGCUGGAAAGCGGGCAACACACAUCCCGAUCGAUGUAGGGAUGUAGAUCCCACCAGAGCAACGAGGCAACUUUGCAGGAGCAGCGCGACGUU